UUAAAAAAUAAUUUAAAUAAAUUAUUUAAAUUUAGUUGUCAUAACAUUAUAAUAUUAUUAAUUCUUUACAAGUCACCACAAUAAAAUGGAUGACGAGGAAGAGUUAAGGACAUUAAAUGACUUCAUUAAUAAAAAUAAAGACGAUCAAGAUUACUCAGACGUAGAAUUCGAAGACAGCGAUGAAGAAGAUGAAGAAGAGGCCCAAAGUUUCUCCCUAAUUGAUGGUUCGGAUGAUGAUGACUUGGGGCUAACAGAAUUUGAGACCUUAAACGAAAAUAACUAUUCAGUACCACCAGAUGCGUCUUUAACUGCUGAAGAAAAACAAAUAAUAGACAAUUGUACUAACCCUGAAGUUAGAGAUGCACUUAUUAUUAAUCGCCAGAAGAACAUUCAGUUACUAUUUUACUACAAAAAGAUUGAAAAUUUAAUACUAGAAUUACGAAAAACUAUAAGUGAAAGAAGGGACAAACUGGAAUUAUUAAAACGCAUGCCACAACAAUCAUAUAAUGGGAUAAUGAAAAUAGUUGCUCCAUAUUUCAAAGACCACGACUCUUUCCCAUGCAAGCCAAGUAGUGACUUCUUUCAAAAAAGGAACAACAAUGAACUGUUAUCUUAUGAGAUUUGCUCAUCUUCACAGUGGAUCUACUCAAACAGGAAAAAACAGAAAUUAAUGAAGGCUGUGAAAACAGAAUAUGCCAGGAAUUUGAAAAACGAAUUGAAUGCUAAGAUACAUUCAUUAAAAAUGAAGCUGCAUGAGGCAUCACCAAGUGAAAAAAAAUCUAUAACAAAAGAACUGGAUGUGGCCAAAAAUGAGCUACAAGUUGUUCAAAAUAAAAAUGAAGUGUGUCCUCCUUAUAAAUCUGAUAAGUACAUUGACUGGGACAGAAUUUCUGAAAAUAUUUUUAAUGGCAGACAUAGUGGAACUGAUUGUAAAUAUUUAUGGCAUUGUUAUUUACAUCCCGACAUCCUCACUGAUAAAUUAUCCAGGGAAGAUAGUGACACACUCAUUGAGCUAGUGGGUAAAUACAAUAUGCAGAACUGGGAUAAAAUUGCUGAGGAAAUGGGUGGCCAACGAAAUGGCAAAAUUUUAACAGGGUAUUGGCUGUGUUGCCAGUUUAUGUACCAACUACACAAAUUUAAGAAAAACAAAUUCACACCUGAGGAGGAUAAAAAGCUUUUGAAGCUAGUUGAUCAGUACAAAAUAGGGGACACAAUACAAUGGAGUAAUAUAGCUCAUUAUUUCUCAGACCGAAACAGAAACUCCCUGUUUCACAGGUACACAUAUUUCCUGUCCAAGCAAAGCCUUAAAAAGGAACGGUUCUCUCAGGAGGAAGAUGUGCUGCUGUUGAUUCUAGUCGACCGGUUUGGCAGGUCGUUCACGAAGUGCUCUCAGUACUUUCCCUACAGAUCCUGUAGCCAAUUGAAGGCGCGAUUUAACGCCAACCUGCAAGGCAGCAUCAAGAAGGGCAGUUUCACCAAGGAGGAGGAUGUAAUUAUUAUGAAUUUUGUGAAGCAACAUGGUACGAAAAAUUGGUCUGGUCUUUCAAAGCAACUAAACAGGGCCAGAGGGCAAAUCAGGCAGCGUUAUUCCAUACUGAAUAAAUAUUUUAAGAACAACCCCAAUGGCUCAAUUGAUGAUGUUGUUAGAAGAAAUCAUAAAGUGUGGGCUAAUAUUGACAGUUUUAGCUUUUUAAGACAUGUAGCUGACACCUUCAAAGGCCAAGACAUACCAUCUUUGGAAGAAAUAAAAGAAGUAAUUAAUGGAUUUAAUACUGAAGGGACUAAGCCUAAGGCUGAUACCAAAAAAAGUAUUGACAAUGACUUGAUAAAUUACUUCAGCAAUUAUUAUAAAUCAACUGUUUCCAAAAAAAAUGUGUAUUCUACUGGUUUGACCAAUCUUAUUGAAAAUAUUGACUAUACACUAAAUAUUCUUGAGGCUAAACUAAACAUUCCCGAAUCUUUGGAUCAAUACGAUGAGUUAGACGAAAUAGAUAAGGCCGUUUUAACAAACCUACGCCCUAAAUAUACAACUAAUAAUGGUCAAUGUAAAUCGUUUUCUAAAAAGCCUAUAAAUGAGUACUUUAUAAUAUCUUUGAUACCGCCGAAUGUUAACACCAUAAUAGGCAUGAGGAGCUUACUGAUUAAAUACGAAAGUUACAAGAAUAACUCCAGUAGGGAAAAAAUAUUCAACUCCCUGCAUUCUCCCGUUAUUUAUACGAAGGAGUCUGAGCGAAUCUCCAAUGAGUUAUCACUAAUGACUCCUGAAAAUAAAAGGAUUAUGGUCAAUAGCUGGAACACGUUUUACAAAAGAUUCCUGACCAUUUUUAAAUGGUCUGCGGUGUUAUCACUCGAGUCACCCUCGCAAAACUUACGUGAGUCGUGCAACACCUUUAGGCAAAAAAUUCAGGCAGUCCAAGUGUAUAAAAGGAAACGUCCACCUGCCAAAAAUUCAAAGGCAAAUAAGGUUCAAGUUGUGGAGCCUCCAGGCACGUCACAAAGUAAUUAUGAAGCAGUUAGUGCUGAUGUUGAAUGUGAUGAUGAAUCGGCUGCUUCAUGUAAAGAAGUUGAAGGAACAACUGAACAAUGGGAUGACUUAAGUCAACCCAGUUGUUCUUACCAUUAUGAAGAUAAUUCUGACCAAUAAUUAUUAAAACAUUACACCUUUGAUUUGAUUUACUAACUCACUAACUAACAAUAAAAUAGAUAAUUAUUAAUAAAAAAUAAUUUAAUAAAUAUUUAUUAUACAAAUGUCUUAAUUCAACUAAAGUUGAUUGAAUUGAGUAAUUUGUUCUCAAAAUAUAAUUUUAUUUUACUUUAUUUUAAGGUAUUUAAGUUGGUAUUUA